GUGAGAUUAAAGAGCUUUGUGGGUGAUGACAGAAAAUAGCAAUAUUUCCCUCAUGGACAGAUCUUGCCAUUUGAGGGAAAGGCAGAAAGCCCGAAAGUCCCAAGUGCCUUCUUUUAUCCCCCUCUACUUCCUCUCAGCUCACCAACCGCCGGCUGCCAACUUAGUCAGCCCCGAGGAAAUAUCUUUGAACUAGAAAGGAGGAAAGCUUGCGGACUAGGAAUUUCGACUGCGCACAGCCAACAUUGCUAGCUUCGAUGAUGGAGAAGGGAGUGCAAAGAUGGGUAGUAGACAUAUCAACAUGGGACCCAUCUACUGAUGACUUCUCUUAUGCUCUUUCUCUUCUUCCUCAACAUCAUCACUCCUCCAUCACCAGAUUUGUGAAAAAGGAUGAUAGAAAACGAGCACUGAUUAGUUGGUUGCUCCAAUAUGCUCUUGUACAUGAGGUGCUGGGGAUUCCAUAUCAUGAGAUUGUCAUAAAACGCACAUUGGAAGGCAAACCCUUUCUGGAAUGUGGUAGAGUUUGCUUGGACUUUCCGAAUUUUAAUUUCAAUGUUUCUCAUCACGGUGACUAUGUGGCAAUAGCAUCUGAACCUCUAUGCCUCGUGGGGUUGGACAUUGUUAGCCAUAUGAUUCCCGAGAAAGAGACUGUUCUGGAAUUCAUUCAAAACUUCUCUUCAUGCUUUUCAAGUUUGGAAUGGGAUCAAAUAGUAACUGCUGGAAGUAAUGAUGAAGUGUUAACUGAGUUUUACAGAUAUUGGUGUCUGAAAGAAGCAUAUGUCAAAGCUACAGGGAGUGGAUUAGCCUAUGGAUUACAUAAAGUGGAAUUUUAUCACACAAGCUGGACAGACAUAUCUGUUAAAGUUGAUGGAGUUCGAAACGCACAGUGGAGAUUUUGGCUCUCUGAGCUGGGGAAAGGACACUACGUAUCAAUUGCAAGAGGUCACCCAAUAUCGGCCACUGAGAGUUACAAGAGAACAUUAAAUCAAACAAAAUUUAAUGAAGAAGAGUAUAAUGAGGGACUUCUUCUUCCCAAUGUGAGUUUUGUCUGGAGAACUGUAGAAGAGCUUUUUUUAGUCAUACACAAAGCAAAAUCUUCUUGUUGAGGGGAAAAAAGUACAAGAUGAUGUAAAAUUUUUAAAAUACUUUCCAAGGGGAUAUUGCUGUGGUUAAAACUUGGGAUUUGAAUCUUUUGACGAGAAGGUGAGAUUUAUUAGAUGAAAGGGUUUUUCAUUUAUAUAUAUAUAUACAUAUAUAUGUAUACAUACA